AUGCUAAUGAUCAUUACAGCGCUUGGGUCAGCUAAUUUGACAAACACUUGCUGGGCACGAGCUAAAUGGCCACUCUUCAAUCUCUGCAUUCGCUCUGAAAUCAAAUUCUCCACAAUUCCUGAUAAGGUACUAAGGAACCAUAGAGACGAGGAUUGUGAUGAUUUUCUGCCGUGGUUGGAGCAGAAAGCAUGUAUGCAAAUCUCAUCAGUGCUUUACAUUGGUAAAUCUGCUUUUGGAAGGGGACUCUAUGCUUCUAAGCACAUAGAAGCUGGUGAUUGCAUUUUGAGGGUUCCUCACUCAGUGCAAUUGGCUCCUGAUAAUCUUCCUCCACGGAUUUAUUCUUCUUUGGGGAAGGAGGUCAGCAAUGUUGCAAAAGUGGCAAUACUCCUGUUACAUCAUAUGAGAUUGGGUCAGAAAUCUGAAUGGGGUCCGUACAUUAGUCGGCUGCCGCCAGCUUCUGAAAUGCACAACACAAAUUUGUGGACCAAUAAUGAACUGGAGAUGAUUAGACAAAGUUCUGUAUAUCCGGAGACAAUGAAACAAAGGAACGUUAUUGAAAAGGAAUUCCUGGCAAUAAAACCAGUUCUGGAUCAGUUUCGUGAAAACUUUUCAGACUUCUCCUUGGAGGACUUUGCAUAUGCUUGUGCUUUAGUCACAUCUCGAGCAUGGGAAAGCCCAAGAGGUGUCUCCAUGAUUCCUUUCGCUGAUUUCCUAAAUCAUGAUGGUGCAUCUGAGGCAUUUCUUUGGAGUAAAGAACGCAAAUUGUUCUCAGAGGUUAUUGCUGAUCGUAAUUAUGUCCCUGGUGAUCAGGUCCUUGUAAGAUAUGGAAAAUUUUCUAACCAUACUCUGGCAUUGGACUUUGGCUUUACGCUUCCUUACAACAUCAAUGACCAGGUUGAAGUUCAACUAGACAUACCUCAUGAUGAUCAUCUUCGUCAAAUGAAGUUGCAACUUCUUCAACGGUUCCCUGCUCCCGCCAUUAAAGACGUCAAUGGAUUCAGCCCUUCUGAGAAGUGUUUUACUAUCAAGGAAGUAAAAUCUGGCUGUAGUAAAGGGAGAGGAAUCCCACAAGCAUUUCGCGCAUUUGCUCGAAUUGUAUGCUGUAACUAUCAAGAAUUAAGUGAUCUGGCAUGGGAAGCUGCUCAAAAUGAUGGAAGAUUGGCUCGGAAUCCUUUGACAAACAAAAACAAAGAAAUUGAGGCACAUCAAUUGAUGCUUUCCAGAGUAAAUCAACUCAUCGAGGAUUAUGAUGCAUCCAUCAAGUCUCUGGAACAAACAUUCUCUCGUCACAUGCUUAGAAGACAUCCUUUAAGAAGGCAAAUGGCCCGCGAUCUUUUCUCUGGCGAGAUUCGAGUUCUGAUGUCUGCUUCUGCGUGGCUGAAACAUUAUUGUGCAACCAUAUGA